AUGUACAGUGUUUUGACAAAACCUCCGAUGCAAGGCUUUCUGGCCAAGCGUCUGCGAUUUCAUUUUGUUGGAGCAUUCGCUGUAUCCCUGGGGGUUGCAGCUUUCUAUAAGUUUGCUGUGGCUGAACCAAGAAAGAAGGCAUAUGCAGAUUUCUACAGAAAUUAUGAUUCCAUGAAAGAUUUUGAAGAGAUGAAGGUCGGUAUCUUUCAGAGUACAAAGUGA